UUAUAAAUGGUUGGACGGAAUGCACAUUCACGGGAUUUAUUCCUGUGUUUUCGUAAAUUACUGAAACAAAAACUCUUGAAACCUAAAUACUCUAUGGUUUUGUAAGGCUUCAGGGGCUUGCUCCAUGAGAUGGAAAGGCGGAUACGCCUUAAAACUCUCAAUCCACACAUAACAUGCAAAAUUUGCAAAGGAUACUUGAUUGAUGCAACAACUGUAAUUGAAUGCCUGCAUACCUUUUGCAAAAGUUGCCUGGUAAAACAUCUUGAAGAUAACAACAGUUGUCCUACAUGUGAAAUUGUUAUUCAUCAAAGUCACCCUUUGCAGUAUAUCAGCUAUGAUCGGACUAUGCAAGAUAUUGUGUACAAAUUAGUUCCAAAUCUACAGCAAAAUGAAGUGAGGAGAGAACGAGAUUUCUAUAAAAGAAGAGGAAUGCCUUAUCCUAAAACUGUACCGAACAACUGCACAGAAAAAGAAGCUGGUUCACAGUCAUCUUCAUCCAAAGUUGAGGACUCUGAUUAUCAUAGAUCUGAUGAGCAAGUGAACAUUUUACUGGAAGCACAAACUACAGCAUUAAAACAAAUGCGCCGAAAAUUCAUUCGGUGCUCAGCUCAAGUAACAGUAACACAUUUAAAAAAGUUUAUUGCAAAGAAGGUUUUUAAUAAUAUGGAUAAAUACCGUGAGGUGGAUAUUUUAUGCAAUGAAGAAAUUUUAGGAAAAGACCAUACAUUAAAAUUUGUUUGUGUUACUAGAUGGAGGUUUAAGGAUCCUCCUCUGAAGCUUUAUUAUAGGCCUAAAUUGGAUUUAGCAUAAAUUGUUAUGAUAGAUUUCUGUAGCUGUCACUCAGCAGUGUACUUAGAGCGAUAUUUAAUCUGGAUUUGUACAUAGGUUUGUAAAGAAAUUGUUGCACAGAUGUUCAUCAUUUUUAUAACUUGCAGAUGAGUCCAAUACUUGUUUUAAAGAGCAGCUUUGAUAAGUUUAAAUAUAUUCCAGAAAACUAUGCAAUCCUUGUAUGAUGUUUUCAUAAAUUUUGUUACAUUUUUUUAAUAUUUUGCAAUUAUAUUCAGUAAAUAAUUCUUUUGUUUAAAAAUUAAUGUUAAAUUUAGGUAAAUCAUUUUCAUGUCUGAACAUCAUUGUAUCAUAAUUUAUUUCAUCUCUGUACAUCACUGUGAAUCUAAAAUCAUCUUCAUAUUCAUAAAUAAUGUAAAUAAUUAUAUAGAUGUAAAAGGAUAAGAGAAAUAUUUUUCUUAUGUGUAUUCCUUGAUCACCUUUGUAACUGUCCUGAUUACUGAAGUUCUGUGAGUAAAAGUUGUAUGUCUGUAUUUGUUGGAAGUUAAUACCAAAUUCUUCCACAGAUAUUGUGCACUUGAUAAUCUCUUAAAACUGUUAAUCAUAUAAGAAUAUAUUUUUAAAUAUCACAAAACCAUACAAAAUUUAUUUCAAGUGCAUGCUUCCAUUUAAUGGAUUCAAAUAAGUUAGAUUUGGUGUGAGGUGUUGAGUGCUUUCAAAUAAUAAAUCCACUGAAUUCUUUUACAUUGCAAAUAAAUCUCCUUCCUUUCCAGUUUUCUGAUUUGUAAUUGUUAUGAUUGCCUUUUGCAGUAGAGGGUAUUAAUUUGUAACUUGUCCUAUAUUUAUAUGUAUGUUUUUGUUAGUUUAUGUAAUAUGGGUCAAAUGGAAAUUAAUUUGGUACUUUUCUGUUGAAGUUACCACUUAAGUAUUGUGAAAUCCUAAAAUGUGCCAAAUAUAUUAUCAACAGCAUCAUUUAUUGCCCCCACCCCCAUAAAUAUGAAAUUUGUAGGUAAUAGGCUGAGCUGUGGAAAAAGAGUUUAAAAUAAUUAUAUUUCAUCAUUGGUGAAAUGGAAGAGUGACAAAAUGAAAGGGAAAAAAAGCAUUAUUCGUGUUGGUAUGAAAAGUUAAAUCUGCUUAAAUAGAUUCUUUUAGCAAAUUUUACUCAGUAUAAAAAAUUAUAUAACCGUCUAGAUUUUAACCUUUAAUAAUAUUGCUUUUUGUACUGUUCUUCAUUCACACAAAGUUCUUAAUUCUUCAUUUUUUGCCUAUAUAUUUUAUAAGUAAUAAAACUUGAAUAUAUAGAUUUACUUAUAAUGGCUGUGAAAAAUUAUAUAAGCAUAUUUUGCCCUGUGUUUUAAAUUGAUAUUUUGCCUGCUGUAUACACUUAUCUUUGUAAGAUUGCUGUAGCUAAAUAUUUAUUAGAAAGCAAAAUCUAACAUUAGGUUAAAUUGAUGGGGCAGAAACCCAGUGACUAACAGAAAAAUAUUACUUCUUCCUCAUUUUUGAAGCUUUACUUUUUUAAAAUUUAAUAAAUCUCAAGUGCAGAAAAAGAAAAAUGCUACUAUAGCAUUCAUCGUUAGAUGUACUAGGAAGAAAAUAGUUCCUAAAUAUAAGUUUUCAUUUCAUUGUUAUUAUUGGCUGAUUUUUAUGCCUGGAAUUCAAGAAAAGUAUUGUGGUAGUGAAGUGUGCUUUUCAUUAAAAUAUCAUAUGUGUGAUUUGUACAUAAAUUUAUCAUAGUAUAAUUGGAAAUUCAUAUGGCAAUGCCCUAGAACAAUGCAGAAUUUGGAUACUAAGAGGGAUUAAGUUUUAAUACCCCAGAAACUACAAAUAAUCUACGAUUGAUUAGGAGACUGUGUGUGUGAUUAACUGUGUAAACAAUAAAUACAUGUUUUAUUAUGUAUUUCAGAAUACAUUGCAUGACAAGAAAGUAAAUAAGAGAAAGCAUGUCUUAGAAAAUCAUUACAAAUAGACAUAUUUUUGUCUUCUACAAGCAUGGCUUUCUUUCGUUUCCCCCCAUAUUGCAGAUUUUUUCAACCUCUUAAAAGGGAGUUUUAAGACAAUCCUGCUUUGAGCUGUGGAUCUCUGUCAUUGUGCAUCAUAUGUUUGCCUACUUUCAUAUCUGUGAUUUUCUGGUCAUUCUCGCUUUUCUUGAAACUUUUUUAUUAUUAUAUUGAAAUUAGGAUAGGUAUACAUAUGAUGACUUCUAAGUGUGACUACUCUGUUUGUAAUUUGUGAUCAGAAGGCUGUUAUUUAAUUUCAUCCGUUAUUAAUAUGUGGCCACUUCAUGAAUUCCUCUUUUUUUUUUUUUUUUUUUUUCUUCUCCAGAAUAUUUUUUGUAAAUUUUAAUAUAUUUCCUAAGUGUUCUUUCAUGCAGUAUUUCUCAUGCAUAUUGCAUCUACAGAGACUGCAUUUUUUUCAUCUGACACCAGUAAAUCUUGCAUAGCAAAACUGUGGUUAUAAAUACAUCUCAAGUUGCUUCCAUUGAAAUAUCAUUAAGUUACAGAAGGAAAUUUAAAUAUAAUUAUUAUAUAGAUCGUGUGUAGCUAAUACCUGUCAUUAUGGAUUUAGUUACUGAACAGAGAAAAGCAAGGUUUUUGUUGCAUAAUGCAAUUAGUGACCAGUAAGUUACAUCACAAAUAAGAGUGUCACUCGGAAUCUGCAGUCUACUCUUUGUUCCGUGAAAUGAAAUCUCGCUUUAAAGGGCCAUUUAAGAGCACUUCAAAAAUUCAGAAAACUAUAAAAUAACAGUUUCCAAGCACUGAUUUCUGUGAAGCAGUUCAAAAGCUAAAUUGCAUCAGAAAGAAUGUAAUAUUUUUCUUUAUAUCUCAGCAUCUUAUGAAUUUAUCUGUGAGGCUUUGUAGAUGUUGUGUUUGUUUUCAUUAUUAUACUGAAAUUACAGCUGUUAAUUAUUAUAUGUCUCUAAAUAUACAGGAAAUGACUUGCAAAGCUGCCGUUUUAAAUCAAAAAAAGUAAAAAUAUUUUCAGAUAGAAAGGAAUGUCAAAUGCUAAGACAAGCUACAGUGCUAUUCCAGCAAAUGCAUGUGUGUUAAGAAAGCAAAAGAACCUUAUUCAUAGUAUUAAUAUUAAUUUCCUAGGUGAUGAAAAGAAAAAACAAAAUCUUGCAAGUUGCGUAAUUGCAGCGAAGUGAAACUGCAAUAUGUAUGAAUGUCUGCAUUAUAUUCCCAAGAUGUCCAUCUGCCAAUACCUAAAUCAGCAUUGUGCUGUGAGAUUAAAAAAAAAAAACACUUAUUUUUAUAAAUAUUGUCAAGAUCUUUCAGAUGGGAAUUUUUAUUAUAAUUUUGUCAAUUGUAACUGAUCAAAAAGACAAAUGUUUAUAGAUAUUCGAUGCAGUCAUGAGAUGACUACUUUUUUUUUUAAAUUAUUAUUUUUUUUUUAACUGUCACAGAACUUUAAAAAUAUUUUCUCAUAUAUAUUGAAGAAAUCUGCAUAUGUGUGGAAUAGUAUAUAGUUCAAACCUGUGUUGUUCAGUUUUCAACUGUUCUUUAAUAGUUCUGCUCCUGAUUUAUUGAUAUUUUUCCUGUUUGUGAACACCUUUAAUAAAACUGAAAUCAAAAUUAGUCUACCACCUUACUUAAACAGUCAAUACAUGUUGAAAUUAAAUUCUUUGCUGAAAAGUGCAUCUGUACUGUAAAUAUGUCUUGAAGUAAUAUAAUUUCAGAAUAACAUUUUGAGAAAUGAAAUUAAACUUUAGAAGUAUAAAAACAGUAAUAGGAAUAUUUUAAAUACUAGUAUGAACAUUAAAACUAUAUAAAGAUUUAACACUUUAGUAUCUUAUUUUUACACUGCACAACAACCUAUGCCUUAAAUACAAACAAAAUGGCACCAUCUGAAUGUUAGUUUUCCGAUGAUGUAAUUUUUAUAAAGGAUUUAAAUUGUAAAUGCCAUUGUUAAAAGUGUAUUUGUAAAAUUUACAGUUGGAAAUGAUUAAAAACUAGUCCAAUGCAAAUUUUCAUAUGUAUAUAAGAACAAAUCAUAGUUUGAAAAAAAAUGGAAAUGUUUUUGUAUGUGCAUUGAAUGAAUGUAAUGCUUUUGAGUGAUUUGGGUUAUUAGUUCAUAUUUAAAGUGUGUUAUAUUAUGUAGCUGCAUUUUUAUAUUACUAUCUUCCACUAUUUGAGUGUUAAUUUCUUAAAGAAAAAGGAAAAUAAACCUCCUAUUUUAUCCUGUAAAUUGUAAAUAAUAAUGUGUAUAAAAAAUAGUUUUCAUUACUUUCAUGGAAACGGAUAUCUAUACAUUAAAUGUAUAUAGAAGUGCUGGAUAAACAUCCUGGAACUACAUUCUUUGUAAGUUAUUUAUAUACACUAAAAUGUCUGAAAAAUAUUUUCAUGUAUAGCAGUUCCAUAAAAUUGUAAAUUAGAACUGUAUGUGUUAUUAUCAACAAUUGAUCUCUUUGAUUAAAUUUAAUUAAAAAUAUAUAAUUUACAUUAAAUAUGUUAUAUUUAUAAAUUUUGUGCAUUAGCUGGAAUUUCUGUCUUGAAAAAUGGUAUAUUACUUCUGUGAACAUGUACAUGCAAAUUUUUUUUAAAUUCUUUGCUUAGAUAUUAAAAGUUCUAUUAAGUUAUUGAACAGAGUUUAUUUCUUAGAUGUUACUUGACCCCUUUUAAUGUAUCAGAGUAGCCAGUCUUCCUAGUAAAAUUGGGAAGCCUUUUUUUCCAUCUUCUGGUAAAUCUGAUUUUUAGUGUACCCUGUUUCAGAUGUAGAUCUACCAGAUUUGUUGAUUUUAAAAUUUAAAAAAAAAAAAAAAAAAAAAAAAGAGAGACUAUGAUAAAAUUUUGAUGGCAAACUCUCAAAAAAGGCUACGGUAACCAUAUUGUCAUCUCUAAACAAAUUUCAGAACAUGCAAAUUAAUUUUUUCCUUCCUAGUGAUUUUCAGCAUUAGUUUAUUAGUUUUUAUUCAGAUUGAACUGGUUUAAUCCAGUAAGAAAUUUACAAAGCAUUUUAUAAAUAGGUGUUGUUAUGAGUAAUGUUUAAGAGAAUUAAUUGUAUUUAAUUAUGAAUGAUACCUGUAAAUAGUUUAUACAUUUUUAUUAUGUUACUAAGUUUA